AUGAAGCUCAAUAAUUUCAUUCGUGCCCUGGUAGUAUUGGCUACUGGAGCACGUGCACACAAGCAGCUCACCCCCCAACGUGUGGCAGAUGACAUCAAAGCAGAAGAUCUCGAUGAUACGCUCCAAGCCUUAUACAAGAUUGCCCUGGACAACGACAACAAUCGAGCCUUUGGACUCUCAGGUUACAACGCGUCUCUUGAUUUUGUUCUCUUUCGCUUAAGUGGCAGUAACCAUUUUGAUAUCACUGUUCAGCCAUUCAAGCAUCUCUUUUCCCAAACUCGAAAGAUUGUCUUGACAGGUCCCGAUGGGGAACAUGUUGAUGCGGUCUCACUGCAGUACAACCAUGCCACUCCCCUACCUGACGGAGUAACUGCUCCUUUGGCCCUCGUCCCCAUAGACGAUGUUCGUGGCUCAGGUUGUUUCGAAGACCAGUGGAAGGACAUUGAUGCCAAAGGGAAGAUCGCCUUGAUCAAGCGCGGAAAAUGCCAGUUUGCAAACAAGCUCAAAUUUGCCAAGGACAACGGUGCUUCAGCCGCCAUCGUCUUCAAUGAUAAUCCCAACCAAACAGCGGGAUCCGGUUCCCUCGGCGCCGACAACUUUGGUAAACUUCCACCUGUUGGUGUCAUCACGUACGACAAGGGAAAUUCUUGGGUCGAACGGCUUAACGCAGGGGAGAACCUGGAGGUCAAUCUGACCAUCGAUGUCUUGACUGAAAAGCGCGAAACUUGGCAAAUCAUUGCAGAUACCAAGGCUGGCGAUUCUAACAGCGUUGUGAUGCUGGGCGCCCAUCUUGACUCUAUUCAAGAAGGCCCUGGUAUCAACGAUAAUGGAAGUGGUGUUGCCGCCCUACUCAGCAUCGCUGAGUCAGUCAAGAAGUACAAGAAAUUCAAAAACAAGCUUCGGUUUGCCUUCUGGGGUGCUGAAGAGAGUGGGAUGAUUGGAUCGACCUACUAUGUAUCCAAUUUGUCCAAGGACGAGGCCAGCAAGAUUCGAUUUUACUACAACUACGACAUGAUUGCCUCUCCACAACCUUACUACAUCGUAUAUGCUGACUCGGAUGCACACAAAGCUGGCGCGAAAUAUCUCUAUGGUUUCUUAACCGAUAAAGGGUAUCCCGUUGAGUAUACACCCUUUGGGGCGUCUUCAGACUACGUUGGCUUCCUUGAACUCGGAAUUCCUUCAUCCGGUAUCUUUACAGGCGCCGGUGCUCCGCAAGAUGCUUGCUAUCAUACCGCAUGCGAUGAUAUCAAGAACAUCAACAAGGAAGCAUUCCUCAUCAACGCUAAGGCUGCCGCUUAUGCCGCUGCAAGUCUUGCCUUAAGCGUAGAUGAGGUGCCUAAGCAUGAAAACUCAACUGCUAACCCUUUGAGUAAGCGCGGCAUAGCGAGAAACAUGGUUCGGUGGUCGAAUGUUGCUCGAGGCGCAGAGAAGGUGCAUAGUUGUGGAAGUGAGAGGAAGGUCUUGAUGUGAGGCAUUGGUUAACGAUUGUCAAGUGCUCGACAUACGACGAAGGCUUAUCUCGCUAUAUGCGUAACUUUUGAAUAAUUAUGAAGCGCCUUUGCGGUAUUCACAAUAUAGAGCUUUUGUUGCCCAGGAUGAAGGGGAUGCGAGAGCUAUCUGUAAACCCCAUAGUUUCGAAUUCUGGUAAUAGGCAAACAGAUACAGCUUGGUACGAAUGUUGUGUUAUUUCUUUUACAAAUAACACCUAGGUAGACAGAAUCUUAGGCCUUCCU